AUGGCGGCGGCCAGGUUCCGCGGCCUAGCAGUGGCUGGUGGUGGCGAGAGUAGCGAGAGCGAGGACGACGGCUGGGAGAUUGGGUAUCUCGAUCGGGCAGCUCAGAAACUGAAAGAGCCGUUGCCUAUUGAAGAAAAGAAUGAAACAUUUAAGAGAGCGUUGACCGCAGGAGAUGUUGCAUUGGUGGAGGAGCUCCUGGAUUCUGGCAUUAGUGUAGAUUCCAGCUUUCGGUAUGGAUGGACUCCCCUUAUGUAUGCUGCUAGUGUUUCCAACGUAGAGCUAGUUCGGGUCCUUUUGGACAGAGGUGCUAAAGCAAGCUUUGAUAAGGAUAAGCAAACUAUUUUGAUAACUGCAUGUUCUGCUCGUGGCUCAGAGGAACAGAUCUUGAAGUGUGUAGAGCUACUACUUUCAAGAAAUGCUGAUCCAAAUGUUGCUUGUAGGAGACUUAUGACUCCAAUCAUGUAUGCUGCACGGGAUGGUCACCCUCAGGUUGUUGCUCUCCUUGUUGCUCAUGGAGCAGAAGUUAAUACCCAGGAUGAGAAUGGUUAUACUGCAUUAACAUGGGCAGCACGUCAGGGUCAUAAAAAUGUAGUUUUGAAAUUGCUUGAACUUGGAGCUAAUAAAAUGCUACAAACCAAAGACGGAAAGACACCAAGUGAAAUUGCAAAAAGAAAUAAACAUCUAGAGAUCUUCAACUUUCUUUCUUUGACUUUAAAUCCAUUGGAAGGAAAGCUUCAACAGCUAACUAAAGAAGAGACUAUUUGUAAGCUAUUGACAACAAAGUCUGAUAAAGAAAAAGAUCACAUAUUUAGUUCAUAUACAGCAUUUGGAGAUCUGGAAAUAUUUUUACAUGGUCUUGGACUUGAACAUAUGACAGAUUUAUUAAAGGAAAGGGAUAUAACUUUAAGACACCUUUUGACCAUGAGGAAAGAUGAGUUUACAAAGAAUGGAAUUACCAAUAAAGAUCAGCAGAAAAUUCUGGCUGCUCUUAAAGAACUAGAGGUAGAAGAGAUAAAAUUUGGAGAAUUACCUGAAGUGGCAAAGUUGGAAAUCAGUGGUGAUGAGUUCCUCAACUUUCUUCUGAAAUUAAACAAACAGUGUGGCCACUUAAUAACAGCUGUACAGAAUAUCAUUAAUGAGUUGCCUGUAAAUUCUCACAAGAUAGUACUAGAAUGGGCUUCUCCCCGGAAUUUUACUUCAGUUUGUGAAGAACUAGUUGGUAAGGUCGAAGAUUUGAGUGAAGAGGUCUGCAAACUAAAAGACUUAAUUCAGAAGCUGCAAAAUGAACGAGAAAAUGAUCCAGCCCAUAUACCAUUAAUGGAAGAAGUAUCUACAUGGAAUAGUAGAAUUUUGAAGAGGACAGCAAUUACAGUCUGCGGAUUUGGGUUUCUUCUUUUCAUUUGCAAGCUAACUUUCCAGAGACAAUAA